UUGGGCCCCGCGCGUGCGUGCCUGUUGCUGAGCAGUUUCUGUGUCCUCGAGACAGACAGGCAGCGCAGUCAUGGGGCUGAGCGGUAACUCGGCCGUGCGGGUUGAAUGGAUUGCUGCAGUCUCUCUAGCUGCUGGAGCAGCUGCUGUUGGAUACCUUGCUUACAAGAAAUUUCUCUCUAAAGACAAAUGCUGCAAGGCAAUGGUAAAUCUCCAUAUCCAGAAAGAUAACCCCAAAGUUGUCCAUGCAUUUGACAUGGAAGACCUGGGAGAGAAAGCUGUCUACUGUCGUUGUUGGAGAUCUAAGAAGUUUCCACUAUGCGAUGGCUCUCACACAAAGCACAAUGAAGAAACUGGGGACAAUGUUGGUCCUCUGAUCAUCAAAAGAAAGGAAGCAUAAAGUGGACAAAUGGAAGCCAUAACUUGUCAUAUUUUGUUUUGUAAUUGGAGUAAAUGCAGAUUCUGUUUGUCAUGUUACUGAAGACUUUCAAGUAUAGUAUACAUACAACAUGUUGCAGAAUAUGUAGUUUGUGGCACUUGUCUUGUUUGGAACACUACAAUACAUACGUUAAAUACUCACGGCUUGAGAUUAUUUUGUAUCUGAGUGUGUAUACACUUUCAUUAAGAGGUAUAAAAUUAAAAUGACACUUCGAAUGUACUUCGACCUGUACACAGAAGACAAUAUAUUAAAUUAUUUUCAAAUAU